AUGUCGUACCUGACAGAGGAGGAAGAAAAGGAACGGAAGCGUGAGGAGCAGCGACGUUUUUCACGGCAGCAGAUUAUUGAACAUGUCAAGAAGAAUCUUCUUUAUACAGCCUUCGACGUGAAGUGGGUGCCGCGCAGCGCGUCCUUUGCUGUGGUGGGCCAGUAUCCGAAUAACAAAGGCGCCAUAUCGGUCCUGCAGCUUAACAAGGGUGAACUGAGCGUGCAGUGCGAAAUCAAGGGCAAUAUGCCUAUAAAAUGCUCUACCUUUGGUCACAACACCUCCAACUGGCAGUCGAACAUAACACUAUGCACUGGUGACUUCGCAGGUGGUCUGUCUCUCUGGGACAUUGAACGGCUCGACGCUGAUCCGCUCUUUCUUGUACCACAUGCACACGAGAACAUUAUCAAUGCUGUUGACGGUGCACAGCACUCCGGCCCACCAGAGAUUGCGACUUGUGGGCGUGACGGUUGCGUGAAAGUAUGGGAUGUACGUCAGUCGAAUAAGCCAGUGGUUGCUCUGAACCCCGCCAACCCCGCCCACGCGCGUGACUGUUGGACUGUUCGCUUUGGGAACAGCUUUGAUCCUGAUGAGCGCGUCGUUGCGGCCGGGUACGACAACGGAGACGUGAAGUUAUUUGACAUGCGCAUGCAGAAGAUGCUCCACGAGUUCAAUGUGAACAACGGCGUGUGUGACCUGGAGUUUGAUCGCCCGGAUAUCAACAUGAACAAACUGAUUGUCUCGUCACUGGAAGGCCGCGUGCGCGUGUACGAUAUGCGGACGCUCCAUCCAAAUUUGGGUUACGCGUACGUGGAGGAGCGGGUGUCAAAUGGCACCGUGUGGUGCACCCGCGCGCUGCCUCAGAACCGUGAAGUGUUCAUGUCUGGUGGUGGUGGUGAAUUGACGCUCUGCCGUUACCGCUACCCACCGGAGCGCAUGCUGCGGGAUCCCGAGGGCGUUGCGAAGGGUGUUGCUGGAAGCGUUGAGGAGCUCAACAGGGCGAAGUUGGGUGACCAGCCGAUACACGCGCUUGAUUGGAACCGCGCGAAGGAGGGGCUGUUGGUUUGUGCCUCGUUUGACCAGAGCAUCCGUGUUGUGCUUGUGACGAAACUGUCGCUCCUACAGUGA